AUGCACUUUUCCCAAGCCGUCCGCAAGUCUCACCGACUCUUUGCUCCUCACCACCGAGGCGGCCACAACAGCAAGCGGCGGUAUGCCAGCUCUGGCCAGACGAGCCCGGACACGCCGUCGCGCAUCGUCUGGCCGGCCGAUGCGCGGCCGACGCCGUACCAGGUGCUCAACAUGGCGGCGACCGGCCAGCCGUACGACAAGAGCAGCUUCAACCGCCUCGUCAAGGUGUACCACCCGGACAUGCGCCAUCACCACCACCACCACCACCACACCGAGCUCGACGCGCAGACGCUGCUGCACCGCUACCAUCUCGUGGUCGCGGCGCACGAGCUGCUCAGCAACCCGGCGCAGCGCCGGCGCUACGACCUGUACAAGCUGGGGUGGAUGGGUGGCCCCGUCGGCGCAGAGGACCGGCGGCGCCCCCGCGCGGACUGGAGCCGGCGGCGGCCCCGCCCCGACGACACCGACCCUCCCGCUCCGUCGCCGAUGCGGCAGACACCCAUCUACAUGUCCAACCACGUGUUUGCCAUUCUCGCGCUGGCGCUGGCGUUUGGGUACGCCGUCGUCUCGUGCGAGCGCGUGCGCCGGGCCGCGUGGCGGGAGCAGACGCAACGGAUGCAGCUGGUCGACGGCGACGUGGUGCGGGCGCUGUACGGCGCGCAGCACCUCGUGAGCGGGCGGUCCAAGGACGAGCGCAUCCUCGCCUUCUUGUGCCGCCGACAUGGGGCGGAGCGAAGAUGCCGGGAGCAGGUCGAGGGGGGGGUUGUGCCGCUGGAUGAAGACUGGGAGCAGAAUAUUUGCCGGCACUAG